AUGAAACUUUGGGCAGACAUGUUGCAACUGAAGUUUCCAUCAGCCACAAAGUUCUUCUGAAUUCAGCGUACAUACCUUGUGCCUUCUGUGGACCAAUACUGGUAGACCAACCAACAAGACCUGUUCCAAUUUCUUCAUGGAAAGGAUGUAGUCAUACUAGGAGAUGGCCGAAAUGACAGUCCUGAUCAUUCUGCCCAGUAUUGUUAAUAUUCUGUCAUGGACAAUGAAACGAAGAAGGUCAUUAUUCUAAAAACAGUAGACAAACGUGAAACAGACAGAAAGUCAGUUGCUAUGGAGAAGGUGGCACUUAAAGCUUGCCUCGAGGAUCUCUUACAAAACCAGGUCAACAUCACAGAGCUAGUAACAGAUGGCCAUUUAGGAAUCGCAGCAAUGAUGAGUAAGUUUUCCAGUAUUAUUUAGGUAAAACGUGUAAGCUAUCAUAUCCAUAUUUUAUAAUUAAAAAAGAAAAUUGAUGGUACAUUGUAAUUUUACUAUACAAUUUCACAAUAAUACAACUAUUAAGUCUCUCUGGUAUGCACAUGUAUGUGAGUGUAUUGAAUGUUAAACCAGAAAAGCCCACUUAUUCCAGAUCACCAAAACCUUUAUUUGACUGGCAGGAAUCAAACACUGGCCUUCUUGCAAAAACAAGUGGGAAAACAUUAUGGAAAAUAAUUAUGAGUUUAUGGCCGUUAUGAAGUUGAUCAAUAUUUCAGACUAUUGUAUUGGGGCUAAACAUUGGGCUUUCUCCACUGAAUAAGGAUGUUUUAGGCAGAAAAUAUAACAAUUCUCCACAAUCGGAUAUAUGCUUGUACGAUUAAACAUUCUCAUGAUAUUUGGCACGAGGCAAAGAACCUUGGGCAAAAAAAUAUUUAAGAUUGUGCUGAAGAAAGAGCAUUCAGUUCUUCGACCAUGGGUCAAGGACAUUGUUAACCACUUUUGGCACUGUUGUAAAGUUGCCCAGACAAUCAAGGAGUUUGUGGAUGGAUACUACGAGUGUAGUCGUGGGCCUCUGAAUCCUGAGGAGAGAAAUAAACCAUGGCUGAACAAGAAAGAAAACUGCAGUACCCUUGAAGCCCUCACAGCCAUUGUCCUUGACAAGCACCUUCUAUCAAAGAUAGCAAACUAUCUGAACUCCAGAAGUACAGCUGACCUGGAAGGCUUCAACCAGCACAUCCUUAUGUAUUGUUCGAAGUGGUUCUCGUACUCGCCACCUGUUUACCGCAUGAGAAACCUCAUAGCAGCAAUCGAUCACAACAAUCAUUUGGAAAGGGAAUUUCAACAUAACAAAGAUGGCUCUGUUAGGCUAAAUCGUGUCUGGAACAAGAAAAGUGGAAGAUGGGCCGUAUACCCUGUGAAAGAGAAGAAAACAUUUCUAUACAUAGAGUCACUGAAGAAGCAGAUAUUGAUGUGUCGCUUGACUGACAAUGUCGGGAUGAGUAGAAGAGCUGUGAUGGAGGAGCAAGACCCUCGACGAAUAUCUAGCCACCUUGGUCCAUUAUCUCCCAAACCAAGCAGGGAAUUGUACAGGGAAUUGUACAGCGAACAAGAGUCUAGGUUUAAAAAAUGACAUUUUUUACAGGAUUUCUACUUGCUCUGAUUUUCAUGAAACUAAUGACAAUGGUUUAUUUACUUGUUUGAAACCGUAACACAUGAGGUCAGAAUAGAUGUUCAAACUUAAUCAGAAUGUUCACCUUGAUAUAAUGUUUAGGGAGAGAGUUUGUCACAUACUCUCAAAAACAAGGUCACCUAGUCAAAUCUUUAGAAAUAUUUGGAAAUACUAGAAGCAAUUUAUGUACUGUAUGUAUGUAAAUGUAAACUCCAAUAUGUAAAUGUGUGUAUAUUUUUUUUCUUCAGCUAAUUUAGUUACACUACCUUCUAAAUGUGAACACUUAAGAAGUAUAAAUAAAUGUUUUGAUUAUGUAUAAAAGUGAAUGGUACUUUCCCAAAGCCUUUGGUAAAUAGGGUAUAACAAAAGCAGAUUAGAUAUUAUAAAUGUUGCACAUUUUAUCUUCAUUUUAUAUGUGAUAACACGGUGAUUUUUUUUGGUGCAAUUUACUGCCUUCUAAAGGCUGUUUCCCCUUGCGAAAACUUUUCCAUUUUUCACAAAAAUUUAUUAUUUUUUCCCAAUUUGUAAAAUGAAUAAUGUUGAUGAAUAAAAAAGCAAUGAAUGUCUUGAAAAAUAAACAAAAUCUUGACACGACCAACUCUUUCACGGCAUUAAGUAUACAUAUCAUUAUGAAGGUGAACAUGUAUAUUUGCCAUUAUAUUUGCUAUUUUUUUCUGAUUUUGUAUUUUUCCCAAUUUGGACUUUUUUGCACAGGCAGUAUAAAUAUUUCCUAAAAUAUCGCUGUGAUAAUGAUUGUGAAGUUCUCCAAAAAUAACAUAUGUCAAAUUGAA